UUAGCUCUUUCAGGUAGGCGUAGUGGCUGUGCGGCUGCCUUGGGAACCAGCGGCCGCCCGCCUUCUGCCUCGGUCUCCGCUCGAGAGGCGGGAAGUGCUGGCCUGCGAGUCCGUUCAGUUCAGUGCGCGAAGGUCCUGCGGGAAGAUCUCCGGCAGGUGGGCAGCCGCGCGGGCCUGGAGACUCGGCCUGCAGGACUGCGCGCUCGGCAGCACCCGGCAGCGUUCCUCUAAGCCAGGCUGCUCGGGGAGUCCGGCCUCUGAUUCAGCACACCUGUUUCCGGGGCACCGAAGGACGCAGGUUUUGAGUUUUUAAUGUUUUUCUUCUUUUUCUGAGUGGGCAUGAGGAAACACGGGGCGAGAGAAGCGAAUGAAGAAAAGCGUGAGCGGAAACUCUAAUCAAAGUAAUGCGAGAUUAAGAGGAAAUCCUGUGUUCUCAGAGUGAGCGUCUCAGCAUUCUUUUAUUCAGCGUCCAGCCUUUCCUAACACCCCUUCCCUGUGCUCUGCCUAAGAAGACUGCUGUAUCCCCAUCCUUCACCCGCCAAGUGCGAGUUGCACAGGGUAUCGCUUCAGCCAGUACAGCACAGCAGUGAGGAAAACAGAUGUGUCUCCUGGCACACACAUCCAGCUACAGCUUAUGAUGUCUUCUGGCUUCAGUGUGUUUAGAGCUGGGGUUGCAUUGGUUUUUAUGUGCAGUUUUUACAAGUCAACUGAAGACUCUCUCCCAGAAUUGAGUCCUCAGCAAUUUUUCAGCACACUGCAGCCAGGAAAAGCCUCAUUAGCUUAUUUUUGUCAAGUUGGUUCUCUAAGUAACUCUGUGUUUCUUGAAGAACUGAAGGAAGCCAUUAGACCACUCCAGGACUAUGGGAUAUCAGUCGCAAAGGUUAAUUGUGUCAAGGAAGAAGCGUCAAGGUACUGUGGGAAAGAAGAGGGUUUGAUGAAAGCAUAUUUAUUCAGAGGCAACAUACUGCUCAGAGAGUUCCCCACUGACACCUUGUUUGAUGUCAAUGCCAUCGUUGCGCACGCUCUCUUUGCUCUGCUUUUUAACGAAGUAAAAUAUGUCACCACCCUGGAAGACCUUCACAGCAUAGAAAAUUCUCUGAAAGGAAAAGCGAAUAUGAUUUUCUCAUAUGUAGAAGCCAUUGGAACACCAGAGCACAGGGCAGUCAUGGAAGCCGCUUUUGUGUAUGGGACCUCAUAUCAGUUUGCCGUAACCACUGAAAUUGCCCUUUUAGAAAAUACCGGCUCUGAGAAUAUGGGACGUGCACAUCUCUACUUUUUUCACUGUGAACUGGUCUUGGACUUGACCGAGUAUUGUAGAAGAACACUAAUGGAACAGCCACUGACUACACUGAAUAUUCACAUGUUUAUUAAGACAAUGAAAGCACCUCUGUUGAUGGAAAUAGCUGAAGAUCCUCAGCAAGUUUCAACCAUUCAUCUACAACUAGGAUUACCACUGGUUUUUAUUAUUAGCCGACGGGCUACAUAUGAAGCCGAUAGAAGAACUGCAGAGUGGUUGGCAUGGCAUCUUCUGGGGAAAGCAGGAAUUCUGCUCUUGUUGAGGGACUCUGUGGACGUGAACAUUCCUCAGCAUGCUAAUGUGGCCUUCAGAAGAGCAGAGAAGGAAGCGCCUGUGGAAUACCUGGUGUUAAAUGCUGUUGAUUUAAUAGUUUCCCAUGUGAAAAAUAGUAUGCACAUUGAAGAAAAACAAGAAACACAGGAGGAUGAAGAUGGAGAUGAGGAAGACCCAGAUCUGGCUGUUCAAGAUGAUGAAGUGGCAGGAACUGUGUACAGAGAUAGGAAGAGACUCUUGCCUUUGGAGUUGACAGUGGAGUUAACAGAGGAGACAUUUAAUGCAACAGUCACGACCUCUGACAGCAUAGUGCUCUUCUAUGCUGCUUGGCAUGCAGUAUCCAUGGCAUUUCUGCAAUCCUAUAUUGAUGUGGCAAUUAAAUUGAAAGGCACAUCCACUUUCCUUCUCACUAGAAUAGAUUGUGCAGAUUGGUCUGAAGUAUGUGCAAAGCAAAAUGUUACUGCAUUUCCUGUGGUAAAGUUGUAUAAGGAAGGUGAGAGUCCAGUGUCUUAUGCUGGUAUGUUGGGAACUAAAGAUCUCCUGAAGUUUAUCCAGAUAAACAGAAUCUCUUGUCCAGUGAACAUAGCAUCCAUCCAAGAAGCAGAAAAAUACUUACAUGGGGAGUUAUAUAAAGACCUGUUCAGCUCUACUAGUAUGUCAGUACUGGGGCUCUUUAGUCCAGCCAUGACAUCAGCGAAAGAAAAUUUCAGGCAAGCAGGAAAGCACCUGAGAGGCUCAGUCAUCACGGGAGUUUAUUCUGAAGGUGACGUUUGGAUACUGUCAAAUAAAUAUGCUACAACUCUCCCAGCUCUGCUGUUGGCCAGGCCCAAAGAAGGUAGAAUAGAGAGUGUCCCUCUAGACACCACCCUGGUGCAAGACAUGGUUCAGAUACUAGCAAAUGCACAACUGGAAGCAUUUCCAGAAAUCACUGUGGAAAAUCUUCCUGCAUAUUUAAGAUUUCAGAGACCAUUGCUUAUCUUGUUCAGUGAUGGCAGCAUAAACCGUCAGUAUAGGAACAUAGCCCUGGCGCUGGUGAGACAGAAGCAGUUGGAUUCGUUUACCCCUUGCUGGUUAAAUCUAAAGAACACUCCAGUGGGGAGGGGAAUCUUGAAGGCAUAUUUUGGUUCUCUGCCACCGCUUCCUCAGCUGCUUUUGGUGAAUCUGCAUUCAGGUGGCCAAGUAUAUGCAUUUCCUUCAGCCCAGUCUGUGACAGAACAAAACCUUGUAUUGUGGCUUAAAAAACUUGAAGCGGGACUAGAAAAUCCCAUAACAGUUUUAUCUACUCAGGAGUGGAAACCUCCUCUUCCAGCCUUUGAUUUUCUAAGUAUGAUGGAUGCUCCUACAUCUGAAGCUCCCACAAGGAAAGUUCGGGAGUGUCAGAAAGAAACAGAGGUUCAGGAGAGUGUUGAGCGGCGGCAGGGAGACAAAUCAGUAAGCAGGAGAGAGCCGCCGCCGCCGGUUGAAAUGCUCAGAAUAAAGCGCUGGAACAAGAGUAACUGGCCCAAGGAAGCAGAGGAGUCUUCUCCGCGUGACAGGGACUUGUGAGCGGACCUUAUGGGCUGCCCUGUCUGUGUGGCUCAAGGGUGACUCUGUUAAGGAAUAGUACUACAUUAUGCCACUGCUACACAAGUACCACUGAAUGGGAUUGUGACACAUAUAACAUGCAAGGCUUAAAACCAUAAAAAGAGAAGACAAGAUUGACCCAAAAUGUAUUUUACCAGGAAGUAAACCCAGACAGUUUAAUGAAUACAAAUAUGUUGAGAGAUUAGCUUUUCACAUGCAGUCUUCAAAAUACAGUGCAUUUUAUAUUCAUGCCACUCCUCACUAUGGAAAGCCAUGUUUUGAGUGCUUAUUUGCCACAGGUGGUACAUGACUAUUAUAUUGGGCAGCUCACUAUCAGACAGACACCAGUGUAAUUUGCAAAAUGGCUGUUGUAGAACAGUGACUAGUUCUCUUAACUCCCCAGCAGAGCCCUUCCCAGUUUCCAGCAACCCCUUUAAUGCUUCUUUCAGCUGUUCUUCCCCCCAGUUCUCCAACAGCCUGCUUAAACAGCUGCUUCUUCCAGUUUUCCCAAUACCAGCAGCUCCAAACUAUAACAACUCUUGUAGCCUCUCUACUCAGCUCAGGUUUUUCUGGCUCAACUGUCUUCUUACAACAUCUUCUGCACCAACUGCCUUCUCUUCUUCCUCUGCUAGCCACCCGCCCCCUACACAUAUCUCAGCUGGCUUUGUUUGUGUAUGUGUUUGAUCCGAUUCCUAGAAAUCCAAGAGGCAACCAACACUGAAGGUCAUAGGGUCAAGUAGUACAGGUAAGAAUUCU